CGGGAGGCCGGGCCGAGCGGGGGAGUUUAUCCCGCUGGAAGGGAACGGCUGCUCCCGCUGAGGGCUGACAGCGCCGGGGCAGUGCGGGCUGCGGGCACCGGCCCCGAGGGGUUACAAUGGUUGACACAGAAAUGCCGUUUUGGCCCAUGAAUUUUGGAAUCAGCCCCGUGGACCUGUCAGCCAUGGAGGAGCACACACACUCCUUUGACAUCAAACCCUUCACCACCGUGGACUUCUCCAGCAUUUCCUCCCCGCACUACGAAGACCUUGCCAGGGCUGACCAGUCAGGCCUGGAUUAUAAAUAUGAUAUCAAACUCCAGGACUGCCCAAGUGCCAUCAAGAUGGAGCCUCCGUCCCCGCCGUACUUCUCCGAGAAGGUGCAGCUGUACAAACCCCACGAGGAGGCCUCCAACUCGCUGAUGGCCAUCGAGUGCCGCGUCUGCGGGGACAAGGCCUCGGGCUUCCACUACGGCGUGCACGCCUGCGAGGGCUGCAAGGGCUUUUUUCGGAGAACGAUCAGGUUAAAGCUCAUCUACGACAGGUGUGACCUGAACUGCCGCAUCCAUAAGAAAAGCAGGAAUAAAUGUCAGUACUGCAGGUUUCAGAAGUGCCUGGCCGUGGGAAUGUCACACAACGCCAUCAGGUUUGGGCGGAUGCCCCAGGCGGAGAAGGAGAAGCUGCUGGCAGAGAUCUCCAGCGACAUCGACCAGCUGAACCCCGAGUCUGCCGACCUGCGGGCGCUGGCCAAGCACCUCUACGACUCCUACAUCAAGUCCUUCCCUCUGACCAAAGCCAAGGCGAGGGCCAUCCUGACAGGAAAGACGACAGACAAAUCACCCUUCGUUAUUUACGACAUGAACUCUCUAAUGAUGGGGGAGGACCAGAUCAAGUGCAAGCACGUGUCCCCCCUGCAGGAGGAGAACAAGGAGGUGGCCAUCCGCAUCUUCCAGCGGUGCCAGUUCCGCUCGGUGGAGGCCGUGCAGGAGAUCACCGAGUUCGCCAAGAACAUCCCCGGCUUCGUCGGCCUCGACCUCAACGACCAAGUGACUCUGCUCAAGUACGGCGUGCACGAGAUCAUCUACACCCUGCUGGCCUCCCUGAUGAACAAGGACGGCGUCCUGGUGUCCGACGGGCAGGGCUUCAUGACCAGGGAGUUCCUCAAGAGCCUGAGGAAACCUUUCUGUGACUUUAUGGAGCCCAAGUUCGAGUUCGCUGUGAAGUUCAAUGCACUGGAACUGGAUGACAGUGACCUGGCGAUAUUUAUAGCUGUCAUCAUCCUAAGUGGAGACCGCCCGGGGUUGCUGAAUGUGAAGCCCAUCGAGGACAUCCAGGACAACCUCCUGCAAGCCCUGGAGCUGCAGCUGAAGCUGAACCACCCCGAGUCGUCGCAGCUGUUUGCAAAGCUGCUGCAGAAAAUGACGGACCUCAGGCAGAUCGUGACGGAGCACGUGCAGCUCCUGCAGGUCAUCAAGAAAACCGAGACGGACAUGAGCCUGCACCCCCUGCUGCAAGAGAUCUACAAGGACUUGUAUUAACCAGCAGAGCAGUCCUUGGCCCCUGACACGAUGUAUGUUCUUCAGAUUGCACUAUCUCUUUGAGGGAAAAAAGAAAAACAAACUUUGCGUACCUAAGGAAUUACUGUGAAACAGCAUUUAAAAAGAGAGAGCUUAGUAUAGCAGAUCUAUUUUAUGCAUAUUGUUUAUAAAGACACAUUUACAAUUUACUUUUAAUAUUAAAAGUAUCUAUAUCAUGAAAUUGUUGGCAGUAUUUUCAGAAUUAAUUUUUUAACUGCGUUGUUUCUUAACGUUGCUUGUCCGAGUAUGAUCGAUGCUUCACUCAAGCAUGCAGUUAAAUUGUCAGCUAAAUAAAAACCUUUCUCCUCGAGCAUUUCCAGGGAAAUGUUUGAAGUAAUAAUGUUCGAUUUUGUGCUCCCGAGGCAGCAGCAAAAUAAAAUUCAGUCCCAGAUUAGUGUAACUUCCCAGGAGAGUUUCAAGGGCCAAAGGGAGAAGUGUCAGGCCUGAAAAUAUUCAUGCCUCCCAUAAUAACAUUUGAAUAAUUUCAGGUCUGAAAAUAUUCGUGCCUUCCGUAGUGAGAUUUGACACUGGCAGAGCUCUGUAAAGGGGGCUUGGUGUAAGGAAAAAUCAGGCCACUCAUCUGUGGGCAAACAGCAAAAUUAGAGGCCAUUUCAAGAAGUAAUUAGGGAAGGAAUAUGCACUGCUCAUCACUCAGGAAACAGAGUCCUUUGGGUUCCUCUGCUUGUGCAAAGUGCAACAGCUACUCCAAUUCCCACAGCAGCCAGAGCUGAGCUGGAGCAGGUUGGUACAAACCUCUUGGCCUGAGACCUUCCCCAGUUAUUGGAUAAACUGCAUUGAACAAGAGCCAAAAUAUCACAGAAAAUUGGAAUGUUGUGAGCAAUGGACUCCCAAACAGAAGCAAGGUUUGGGUGAACUCUUGUGUAAAGUUAAAGCUGUGGUGGAAACCCUGCACCCUGGGUCUGACCUGAGCUCUAGAUCUUCACCCAAGGGUGCAGGGAGACGUUCCUGCUUUGAGGUCGUUGGUUUUCCUGCAUGUGUUUCCCUAUAAUGUCCCCUAAGAGUUCCACAGGGAGCAGAGCACAGCAGAGGGAGCAAAUUUAACACAAAUUUCCUAACAGUGUCACUUUGGAGUACUCUUGGUACUGAGGUGGGAGACUCACAUUUCACCCUCCCACAUUUGGGAGUUUGUGAGCCCUGACUAAAUCAAGCAGGGGGGGCCCACAGUGGUGGACUAGAAGAGGAAAAAGCCACUAUUUGUAACUUAUAUGUAAAAAAAGGAGAGGUCCCCAAUACCCUUGGUUUCCUCCCCAUGACUGUAUUUUAUUUAUGUAGCAAAAAAUGUGCCUUAAACUGAGAGAAGGGGAGUGGUGAUUCCUAAGUGGGCAAAGAGGUGAGGUAGGUGUGAGUAGCAUCUUCAGGGAGUAAAAAUUGGCUUUGCUCCUAAUGCAGACCUUGAAACUCUUAAGCCCAGGCAAAUUAUGCAAUAAAGAAGCUGAGAGAGGUAAAUAUGAAAAUUAAUCCUUCAGCUCAGGCCUUCUACACCUGGAAACGUUUCCUGCUGCUGAUUUCAGGUAACCUCUGGGCCUGAGGUCAGCCCUGAGCCUUAUUCCCACCAGGAAGUUUGGGGGAUUGGAUCAUUCAGGCUCCAGGUCUGGAGCCCACGGGUGGAAUUGUUCUGAGAUGAAGUCAGGGCCAGGCUGGAGAGAGCAGCUUUGAUCCUGCCAGGAUUGCAGCGAGGUCAUUUCAGGCAGCUCAGAAAGGAUGGCCCUGGAGCAAGCACAGCGUUGCAGUUCAUGCACAGCACUGCAGGUUUGCUGCACAUCUCAGGUGGCUCCAGCUGAGCGUGGCACUGGAGGAAUUCCAUUCACACUUCCAUGGCUGUUACAGGGCAAAAGAAAAUAUUGUCUCUCUGUUUAAGUCAUUUUCCACUGCUCCUUUGAAGUGUUGCCUUCCAUCCCUUAGUGGCAGAACUCUGCAGAGCUCAUCCCCUCCCCUGGAGAUGAGAUCCCAGCUCUGAGAUGAGCUGGCACUGGGACUGACCCCAGCUCCCAAACUGGAUUUCUGGAACAGCAACACCCAGCAAGAACCAGGAAUCAGAGCCUGCAUUUCUUAAACAAUCCCCUUUCCCACUGGCUUCCCUUGAAAUGCAAGUCCAGAAUGGUUUCAAAUAAAAAGGAAUUCUAGGGCACGUCUGUCCUUACAGAAGUAAUAUUCAAACUUAUUUGAAAAUAAGUGGCAGAGGUGCUCUGACAGGGAAAUUGAGUUCAGUGCUUUGAUAAUGUACUGAAAACAAUCUGUGUAACCCAGCAGCACAUUAACCAAAGAGUUAUAAGAUUUAACCAAAUCCCACUCCUGCAAGGGACAAUACUUCUGGAACUGUCCAUUCAGCAGUGACAGUGCCUAAGGCACUCAGUGCAAAAAUCCCUGUACUGAGAGUGGCAAUGCAACCAUAAUCAGAAGAGUUUUGCAGGAAUGGGUGUUACCCUUCAUGAGGAUGCAGGCACUGAAUGCCCAAAAGCCUCUACUUUUCUUUCAACUGUAUCAGCUGCUCUAAUAAAAUAUGUUGUUCUCCCCACACCCUGUCUUCUCUCACACAUUGAUAUUAUUCACCGUGUUUUCCUCAAGCCAUGCAAAGUGUUAAUUUUUCUAUGUGAGUUACUAAUCACUGACAUGUUCUGAUUCUAAGUGGUUACAUCAUGGUUAAGAAGUUUUGCCUGAAAUACUUUUCUACAAGGAUAGGUCUUAAGGGAAAAAUGUUCAUUUAAUGGACAACUGCUAUGUACUAAUUUAGAACAAAUGACUGUUAUGAGGAUAUGAAAGCAUUCUCUCAAAAAAUAGCAUUUUCUCUUGUGAAUUAUAUUCAGAAUUUUGAUCUAAUUGUAACUACUUUCUGUUUCUAUGGGACUUUAUUUAUUAAAAACAAAA